AACAGCAGAUCAGGAUUGUUACUUUAUGAAGCUUUCAAUUCAUUUGAUCUAGCCACAGCUUACAACCACCAUUUAGAGAAUGUCUUGAUGAAAUCAAUAGCUGUAGAGAGAGACUUUAAGAACAAAGUGUCUCUUCGUAGUAAAAUGUCUGGACUUUUGGCUCUACAAGAAGAGGUGUAUGGCUUUUCUGUACUUUUAGACAAACUUAUUGACUUGCGUACCUCUGAUACUUUAGAAUGCUUAGUGAAGAAAAAACUUCCGAGCCUAAUAUCACUGAAAGAGCUGAAAGUAAAGAUUUGCUUUUUGAAGAAACAUUUCAGAUUGAAUGAGCUUCAUAGCAUAUUUGGAGAUUUUAAUUCAGGCUCUAUACCUUCAGAUGGACAUAUUUUAGCUACAAUUUUAGGCUUGAACCCUGAAUUGGGAGAUUUGAUUGAUAACUCUGUUUCACCUAGGAGAAAAGACCAGGAUUACUUUUAUGACCUAGUAAAAAUUUUGGAAACUAAAGAUCAAAACACUGAAUACGAUCCUGAAGUAAAAGGAACUACUGGGAUGUGUAAGAGCUUAACUCUUUUAGGUUUUACAAAAGAACGAUCCGAGGCAAUUGCAAAAAACAUUUCUGAGGACAUUGUUGACCUACAGACACCUUUGUAUUGGGCAGUGAGUUAUUUGGAGAAUGAAUUGAUGCAUCAUCCACUUUUAUCUGAAAUCGCAAAAUUUCCUUAUUCAGAGCAAAAAACUGAUGUUUGGUUUAAAGAAAACAUUUCAACACAACGUGCCGGAGCAAGUAAUUCUAACGCCUCAGCAAACAUAAACGUGUUUAACUGCACUGGGAAAAAUGAAGAGAGUCCAAAACUAAUUCAAGACUUUCUCAAGAAAGUCAAAGAAGAAGAUGGAGAAAGUAAGCUGUUUUACCAUGGAACAACCCAUCUAAAUGCUCAAUCAAUUAUUAACAGUGGCAUUAUUCUAACAAAAGGAAAACAAGGUAACGAUUUCUCUAGUGGCGAUGGCUUUUACCUAUUCGAAGAAUUUCAAUAUGCUGAGGAGUGGGUUAGAGACAAAAUGACCUACUAUGCGGUUCUGGUGUUCAAAGUCAAACAAGAUUUUGUAAAUGCCGAUUUGAAAAAUGGUCUUGACGUCAGUAAUGAUAAAACAGUCUGGCUACAAAUCGUUGAUUACUGUCUAAGCGGCUAUAGAGAUAAGAGUAAUAAAAAAAUAAUAAAAGAUAAAGCAUUCAUAAGAGGUCCCACCAGCGCUUGGGGCGCAAAGAAAGGUAUAUCCGGCUUUGGACGUGGCAAAGUCCAGUUUUGCAUACGGGACGAGAAAUAUUCAGAUGAGUUUGGUCGUCUAGAAAACAUUUGUUGUGCCAUUUUUUAUUCGAAAUAAUAGUGUUUGUAAUUUUAAGAAAUUUAACUUCAUAAAUAUAACUUCAUCAAUAUAAUCAUAAAUAUAAAUUUAUGAAUAAAAGUUCAUAACUAUAACUUCAUCAAUACGCUAUGUUGUGUUCCUGAAAUAUAUACUUGUUAUUUGAUUCAUAUGAAAAUACAAACUAUUAGAUGCUAUUUGUAUUAUUAAAUAAGGUUUACUAGUUAUAUUUGUCCUAAACUAAAACUAUAGUUCGCUGUGAUUGUAUCAGUGGCGUAGCUAGGAAUGUGACCGGGGGGGGGCGGCUUGACUUCUUUUGGAGCGUAUUAUUUAAUAUUUAAUGUAAAAAAUAGUGUUUGAACACUUAUUUGGAGAACCCCUAAAAUGGGGUUGUGGGGACCCGGGAAGAUUUUCAAAUUCUUUCCCCCUCCCCUCCCACCAUAGCUACGCCACUGGAUUGUAUUGUAUUUGGCAAUUUAUAUUUUGUUUAAAUAGUCAAUAUAAUCUAAGUAGAAUGGAUAUUUUAAUCGUUGGCCCUUGUAAUCAUUUUGUGUGAGCUUUGUAAUUAUUUUAUUGUUUUUACAUUUUGAAUAAACUUUUUUUGUAAACCAA